GAAAAAAAACCCUUGGUUCUGAAGGCAAAGGCGAAGAUGAGGCCGGUUUUCGUUGGGAACUUUGAGUACGAUACUCGUCAGUCAGAGCUUGAACGCUUGUUCGCCAAGUAUGGCAGGAUUGAGCGCGUUGACAUGAAAUCUGGAACUUGUUCUAAGGAAAAAUAUGCUUUGAUGAGCUUCCAUACUUUUUACAGAAGGAAACCUUUCAUGCUUGUCUGCUCUCUCCUUCCUUCUACCGAUAGCAUCAUCUCCAUUUUCUCACUCACCUCAUCGCACCAACCACUUCCACUGGAAUGAUCUUCAAUCGAUUUAAUAUGCCAUGCUUAGCUUCACUGAAAAUAGGGGGUCAUUGAAUUUCUGUCAUGCCAUGCCAUCUAUUAUUUGAAUCACUACUGCUGUCUGAAAUCUGAAUGGAGAAGCAUGCUUGGCAAUGACAUGCACAAUAUCAGAAUCUCAAUUUUGGAUUUUAAUCUUUAAUUGCAAUCAUCAUUUUCUUCAUCAUUCAACGCCUCUACACUACAGCAUCAUCUGCAUCAGCUCUCACAUAUAUGCAGGGUUUGCUUUUGUCUAUUUUGAGGAUGAGCGAGAUGCUGAAGAUGCAGUUCGUGCUCUUGACAACUUUCCAUUUGGUUAUGAGAAGCGAAGGCUGUCUGUAGAGUGGGCUAGGGGUGAACGCGGUCGCCAUCGUGAUGGCUCAAAGUCAAACCAGAGGCCCACAAAAACACUAUUUGUGAUUAAUUUUGAUCCAAUUCGCACCCGAGUUCGUGACAUAGAAAGACAUUUUGAACCUUAUGGGAAGGUUCUUCAUGUUCGCAUUCGUCGUAACUUUGCAUUUGUGCAGUUUGAAACACAAGAAGAUGCUACUAAAGCUCUUGAGUGUACACAUAUGAGCAAGAUAUUGGAUAGAGUAGUGUCUGUUGAGUAUGCUCUGAGGGAUGAUGAUGAAAAGGGUGACAGAUAUUAUGACAGUCCUAGAAGAGGAGGUUAUGGGAGAUCACCCAGUCCAGGUUAUAGGAGGAGACCGAGCCCUGACUAUGGCCGUCCACGCAGUCCUGUAUAUGAUAGGUACAAUGGUCCAGCCUAUGAUAGGCGUAGGAGCCCUGAAUAUGGUAGGCCUCGGAGCCCUGACUAUGGUAGGAACAGGAGUCCUGAAUAUGGGAGACAUCGCAGUCGAACACCAAUUCGAAGAUCCAGAACUUAGAAGCAGUUCUUGGUCCCUGGGGUUUGAUGCAUCUGGAGUUGCUUGAUCUUUUUCUCGUGGAUGUUGGAAUAGCUGGUCAUACAUCAAGGAGUGCGUUAUGCUGUUUUCAAAUUUCAAUCUCUGGUUUCUUAGCUGUGUAGCAGUUAAUAUGAAAUUUGCUUUUGUAGGAUCCUAAAUAUAUAGUCAGUUUUCAGAGGCAGAAUCUUUAAUGCUUGAUGCGACAUCGUUGCUUGCUGUGAUUAAAAUUAAUUGUUGGCUUAUUAAUAUGAUGACAUGCAUGAUUCUCUGGAACAUUUUGGUAUCAUGUUAUUACGGAAA